CUCUUGUCACAUGGAGGGGGAGAGACAGGGGGCGUCGACUGGCCUCCCGCUGCUGCCGCCAUGAGCAAAAAGAACCAAGUGUCCUAUGCGAAGCCCGCGGAGCCCGCUUUUUUGCGCCGCUUCAAGGAGCAAGUCGGCUACCGGGAAGGGCCUACGGUAGACACCAAGAAGGAGCAGCUCCCAGUACCUGAAGACGAUGGUGAUGAGAGUGACAAGGAAGAUGAACAGCCACAGGUGAUUGUACUGAAGAAAGGAGACCUGACUGCAGAAGAAGCGAUGAAGAUUAAAAAAGACUUGAAAGAGGUUUCCAAGGGUACAGAUGAUGAACCUGAUCCUGCAGAUGGAAAAAUUGUUUUUAGAAAACCUCUCAAGCGUCCGUCGGGAGAGAAGUAUUCUGGUUUGUCAGCUAGCUCAAGCAAGAAGAAAAAAGAGACGAAGGCGAUUUCUCCAACCUUCCAAAACACAACUAAGCAAGUGAAAAAUAGCAGUUUGCUCUCUUUCGAUGAGGAAGAGAGUGAUGACUAGGGGAAAAAUUAAGCUGGGUGCGUGAUGGAAACAGAGAGAGAGAGAGAGAGCAUGCUUGACUCUUAGUCACACUUCUAUGUAGGUAUUUGUGUGAAUCUGCAGCUGUAGUUGUGAAUAAGGCUGUGGACAUUUUUCCAAAAUUAAAAUUCCAUCUAGUUUCCCAUCUAGUGGAUAUAGAGCAUGCAGUCUUUACAAGUGCGCACGUGAUAUAUCUACAGACUGAUUUUUAAAAUUAACCAUUUCCCCCUUGACAACAUCUUUGUUGUCAGAUGUGGACACCUGGAUGUGCAUUUUUACCUAGUUAUAUCUGAUCACCCUAGUGUAGAACUGUAAGAUGUGCUUCCUGUGGUUGGAAAUGCAACAUUUUGCUGCGGUAGAAGUUUUCUGUUGCAUCUCUGAGAACUGCUGAGAUGCUGAUCAUGCUGAAUAUAUAUUUCAGAAGAGGAAAAUGUGCUGCAGAAUGUCCUGUGGUGGGAAAAUUCUUGGACGAGUGCCGUGUGUUCUGUGUCCAAGGAUGGACUGUGUGUUGCUACAAAGCAUGUAGCAGGAUUACCAAUACAAAGCUUCCACCGAGGAGCUGAUAUGAAAUCGCUGUGUGCAACAGCUGUUUUUAGUUUAGUUGGUAUUUUAAUACCAUCGUUAAAUGGCAGCAAGAUCAUUUUUUAAUUUAUUCCAGUUUUGGUUCACUGUUCUUCAGAAAAUAAACACCGUGUUCCUUGUC